AUGUCAAACUAUUAUUAUACAGGCGCAGAUCCGGCAGAGCAGCCCCUAGUGGAUGAACAACAACAACAACAGCAGCCGGAUAUUCGGCCGGAAGGAAUGUCAACGAAGCAGGAUGAUAUCAUCCAGCGCGUGGCGGAAUUUGUCGUGAACUCCUGUGAUGGAGCGAAAUACCAGCACAAGCUACGCCGCCGGACGAAGUUCAACUCCUAUUUUGCCUUUCUCGAUCCCGAACACCCUUAUCACGCGUAUUAUGAAUACCUGAUCAAAUCCUAUCAAUAUUGGAAAGACGUACGGGAUGCCCUCUCGGCGAACGCCGGGCAAGAUCAGGAGGCCUACGCGUAUUAUCAACAACAGCUCUUUGAAGAGCAACAACAGCAACAACAGGAGAUUCAGCCGUAUUAUUCUUACAAUUCCGGCGAAGGUUCCUACGCGAGUGGGGCCGGAGGGGCUUUUCAAUACGGCGAUUUAGCAAGUUCAUCAGGAAGGAUGGCGACGGAUGCGCGAGGAGGGGAGGGAGGGGGGGGGUAUGCAGGAAUGCCGUCUGGCUAUCCGCCUUCGCCAUAUGGGGAUCCUUACGAUCCGACGGCGGUGGGGGAUUUCCCCCAUCCGGCUUCUGGAUGGGGAGGAGAACCCGCCAACCCCGCGCAAGACGAGGAGGUCGAGGAGGAGUACGAAUUGGUGAUCGAAAAUGGAAUGCAGAAGCUCGUGCCGAAGGCGAGGUAA